GUUUGUUUCCUCAUCCUAUGAUCGUUGAGUUUCUAAGCAACUACAAAUUUUUUCAAUUUUCAUAUCUGUAUGCCAUAGUAUAACAAAUAAUAAACAGAAUUUUCUGUACAUUUCUAAAAAUGGGUUUCUGUAACUCGGAUUUGAGUUCGAAAUUCAUUAACUCGUAUUCCAACUUCUUACCUUUAAACCGAAUUGGGAAUUUUACAUUUCAAUUUGUAUUAGAAUGCCUUAAUACAAAUCUUUUACUUUAAAUUUAAAUUUUAUUCAAAGUUUCUUGAUGCCAUAUUUUUUAUAUUUAAAUGCAUAUUUUAUACUGCAUAAGAGAUUUAGAAGAAGCGGACGAAUGGGUAUAAGAACGUCGAAACAACAAAAUAAGGAAUAUAAUGAUACAUCGGAAUAUACGCUUGUCUCUUCUUGUUGGUAUCCGUACAUGCAAAUCUUGUAAUUUAUACGUAAUUACAGACAAUCGCUUUUGUAUCGGGUAUCAUUUAUUUUUGCGUCUUCGCAAAAUUCCCAUUUAUUAUCAUGUGUUAUCGCACAGUUGCAAACGUCAAUUCUACGUCUUUGCUUUACUCUGUUAUGCAAUAUACAUGCUAUUGCUUUACAAGUUAUGAGAAUUUAAUAAAUAAUACGACUCUUUUUCUUUGAUCGAUCGACAUCUUUCGGAUAAACUUAAUUCAUUACGAAGCUACUAAUGCAUAAAUUUUUCAGCAACGAUGGAAUUAUGAAAUCUACCGUUAUUUUAAUUUCUUUUUAAUUAUGACGCCUUUGACAGUCAAAUUUGUUAAAUACUCUUAUCUAGUACGGAAAAGACGCCUCAUUAAAUGCAAUCUUAUUUACGUACACGGUAAUUAUUAUUAAACGCACAAAGGACGGGGAAAUUUCUCGUUUAAAAAGAAAUAUGGAUGGCCCUGUAAAUAUGAUUAUUUGUACGGACGUGUAAAUACGAUUAUUUGUACGGUCAGCUCGAAACAGACAGUGGCAUUGAACGGUAUUCGUAAAGGACUAUUAUUAGAGGCUCGGUCAUUUCUUUAUUUUCUAUGAUAUACCGCAUGUCCGCUUAGCCAUAAUUUGUGUCCCUCGUAAUCUUUACAUGGAAUCUAUAACCGCAACAAUGACACGAACCAAGCGAUCUUCAAGAUUAAAAACCACUUUUAUUCGAUUAUAAAAUACUGCGAAUUUCAUCGUCCAUGUCAUCUUUUCUUUUACUUUUAACAUUUUUUUAAUUGUAGGAAGGCAAGAAAGAAUUAUAAGAAUAUUAAAAGUUUCGUUUUUGACUGAAAGGAAAACGGGACUGAGAGGGUCACAAUGAAGUUUCCAAACCGAAUACCUGUGAUUUAUUACAAUUCCUUUCAAAUUUUAGACAGGUACGGGGGUUGUGAUCAAGUCAAAGGAUUCCCGUUAGACGGCCGGCAACCGCAACCCUUAAAAGGGAAGCCCCGAAAUGUCGAUGCUCCCAGUUGUGCGAUAGAUUUUCAAGAAUGAAGUUCUUCGGUUUGCUACUAAUUUUAAUCUUUGUCGUGGCGAUGACUAUCUAUCGUCUACCAAAAAGUGAAGUGUCUUUGAUGGAAAAUAAACGUCCUAAAUUCGUGCACGGUCUUCAGGAGUUGCGCUUCAAUCAUUACGUGCUAAAAACACUUGUUAAUAUCUAUAUAUAUAUAUGCAUAUAUAUACAUUUUAAAGAAACGAGUAAAUAACUGGAAUAAUAGACGAUGGGAACAAAUCUAAAAUGGAGAGGAAGCACACCAUUUGUUGGAAUACCAAGAAAAAGAUUAACAGCUUAAACAUAAAAACACUAUCGGUCAAAGUCGAGAACAUUUCCGGCUAUCUAUCUAUAUCCCUCAUCUACGUUGGCAUAGAUCCGCAGAAUCGAACAUGGACUCUAAUAUAUAGAUCGCGUAGAUCUUUGAUUUAAGUAAUUUCUUGUACAUGUAAAAAUUUCUUACGUUCUCCUGACAAAUUAAUUGUAAUCAGAUGGAGAAAAUGAAGCGACUAGGUAGAAUAAAAACUGAGGAGCUCUCUGAAAAAGUUGUUGACAAAUCCUGUACAAAGGUUAUUCAGAGACUGCCAUUAAUAACAUGGAGAGAUAGAAGACUGGAACUACGACUAAUUAUUCCUGUUAAUUCUUUUUCGAUGUAAAUCAAUUAGGAUGUAUACUUAGAAUAUUUUAUAAUUAAUAUGGUUAUGUGAUUGAUUUAUAUUAUUAAUAAUAUUUUUAAUUAAUCGCAUUUAUAAUUCAUCCUACUAAUAAUGGAAUAUUUAUAUUCUAUAAUUAAGAAAUAAAUUGUACAUUUACUAAUAUAUGAUAUUCUCGCUCUUCUCUUCAAUUGUCCCCACCUUUAUGUUAAUUCCUUACAUUAUCUCUUCCUACACUUCCAAGUUAUUGCAAAUAUAUAAAAUCUAUCUCAAAUAAAACUCUUUCACCGAAUUUUGGCCUCGGAUUUUAUAUCUGACGCAAUCGUCUAAACCCGGUUAGUAAAUAUCCAUAGAAACAAUCAUUAAUAUUAAUUAUUAUAAAUAAAAGAAUAUUUAAAAGAUAUUUAUGAACGAUAAUGUAUAUCCACACGGAACAAAAUUAUCGCAACAAAAAUAAUUUCCGUUUUCCGAGUAAAACGUCUAAAGCUGAAACCUUGAAAGUGACGAACGAUUAAUUAUCUAAGCGACAGAUUUAUCAUCGAAAGUUCCCAAACGGCACUGAAUAAAAUAUGAUACUGCGAAAACACUGACUUAUGUCGUCUACUCUUUCAAUAUUACCUACCACAAUCGCAAAUUCCUCUCUCUCUCUCUCUCUCUCUCUCUCUCUCUCUGUAUCUAUCUAUCUAUCUAUCUAUCUCGUUUAUUUCUUUCUCUCGCCUUUCGUGCCACGUAAUGCCCCGAAGCUGCCAACUUAGGCUGCUGAUUAGCGUCCUUAGUCGUGGCUGGCACUUUCUUAUAGUUCACUUUGGCUGUCCUUGUACCAUAAGGCCGUCAACUCAUUAGGAGCCAAUGACAAAUGCGCCGCGCCGUCGGUAAUCUCCGGAAAUUACGGAACUAUGGGUAUCUUCCUUGAAUUUCGACAGUGAAGGGUCUCACGUAUAAAAGCGCCGUGCACCAACAACUUCCUAUGAUUAUCAUUUGGUUCUUUCCACGUCAAACGUCUCUCGGCUGAACCUCAUCGAAAUGACCACACGCAUCGUCCCGCUGUUCGUGCUGUGCGCGGUAAUAUGCCAGACGUGUCUCGCAAAACCAGCGAAAGUGCUCCAGAAUCCACAAUCUUUGAACCCUGUGCAACACGAAGAAGCGAUAUCCACGGUUUCUGAUAACAAGAGGGAGCAACGAUCGCCACAGUUCGGAUUUUUGAACGGAGAUUACUCAGACUCUGACUUGGAUUUCGAAGAAGGAGAACGUAGCUUUAAACAUCACUACAAGCAUCAUCGCAAACCAGGAGGCUGUAGAGAUUAUCCUUGUGGACAAUAUCCAGGAUACGCGCCAUCUGUUUAUCCAUCAUAUCCAACACAGAGUGGAGCAUCAGGGUCUUUCGCCACAGCUUCCGCAGGAUCCAUCAACGCAAAUGGACCCACCGGGGGACAAAGUCACGCGAACGCACAAAGCGCCAGCUUCAACUUCGGACCGUAUUCCGCGUCCUUCAGCAUCGCUGAAUCUUCUUCGGCUGGCCAAAAGUUUUAAA